AUGGAUGACAAGUCCAGCAGCCACCACAGACUUCUGGUGGUCCUGCUCAUGGCGUUGAUCUUCAGCGUCAUCAUGAUCCAGUACGUAUGUCCAAGCAGAACUGAGUGCCAGAUGCUUCAUCAGCUAGGCUCCUGGUUUCAUAUGGCUACGGGUUCGCAAAACAGUGACGGUGAAGUCCAAGAGAAACGGGAUCCGUACAUCGCAGAAGAUGGCGCUUUGAUGCGCUUUAUCCCGCGCUUUAACUUCACCAAGGCGGACCUGAGUCGUGUUGUGGACUUCAACAUCAAGGGAGAUGAUGUCAUCGUUUUUCUGCACAUCCAGAAGACUGGUGGCACCACAUUCGGGCGACACUUGGUGCGGAAUAUCCAGCUGGAGAGGCCGUGCGAGUGCCACGCCGGCCAGAAGAAGUGCACCUGCCUCAGGCCGGGCAAGAAGGAAACGUGGCUCUUCUCCCGGUUCUCCACCGGUUGGAGCUGCGGACUCCACGCCGACUGGACCGAGCUGACCCGCUGCGUGCCGUCACAGAUGGAUUCGCGGGAAGCCCCUAAGAGCAUGCAGAGUCGGAACUACUACUACAUAACUAUCCUGAGAGAUCCGGUAUCGCGAUAUCUGAGCGAGUGGCGCCACGUACAGCGAGGUGCAACCUGGAAAGCGUCACUGCAUGUGUGCGACGGCCGCUCUCCGACGUCAUCCGAGCUUCCCAGCUGCUACCCGGGUGACGACUGGUCGGGCUGCUCUCUGCAGGAGUUCACCGACUGCCCUUACAAUCUGGCCAACAAUCGGCAAACACGCAUGCUGGCCGACCUGAGCCUCGUGGGCUGCUACAACGUGUCGGCCAUGAGCGAAGACGAGCGCUGGGCCGUGCUCCUGGAGAGCGCCAAGCGGAACCUGCGCGGCAUGGCCUUUUAUGGCCUCACUGAGUACCAGCGUAAAACCCAGUACCUUUUCGAACGCACCUUCCACUUGGCUUUUAUUACUCCCUUCACUCAACUCAACGGCACGCGCGCGUCAGGCGUGGAAGUCCCAGCCGACACGCAGCGGCGUAUCCGCCAGCUCAACCGCUGGGAUGUGGAACUCUAUGAUUACGCGCGAGAUCUCUUCCUGCAGCGUUUCCAGUUUGCACGUCAGCAGGAGCGGCGGCAGGCCAGAGAGAGGCGGCAGCAGGAGAGGCGGCGGCUCCGAGGGAGGCUAGCUGCAAUGCAAGGACGCCAGCAGAAACCCACUCAAGCCCCCACUCUAAUGGAAAAUAAUUUUGUAACUUUGUCCCAGGAAGAGGACAAAGAAGCCGAUAGUGCAAAUUCUGACGGGCUGCUUCCAGACUGGUGGGAAAUGGAUGAGAGUGGGACUUUGGAGGACUAUAUGGACAAUGUGGAACUGUGGAAAUGA